AUGGUUAUAUCUCAUAUACAUUUUCGAUCACAGCGUUCUUCUACUGACUCUAUUUUAAUGUUAACCACUAAAUCUAUGACACCUGUCACCUUUCAAAAUCGACUUAAAUCAAUAUCAAAUCGUGUUAAACACGAUGUCUAUAAUCACUGCAAAUCAUUCUCACAAAAAAGUAAUCUAUUAGAACCAUUUCAACCUAAUAAUCAAUUCUCUCUCAACAGAACAACUACUUUAGAAAACGUUUAUUUAUUAUUACAUUAUUCACCAAGAAGAGACGAUGAACAUGGAUUAUAUUUACAAAUAGCUACAUCAUAUUUACUCUCACAAAAUUUACAACAAUUAUCUAUUCAACAACAAAUUCGAACGCGAGUAGCUAUUUUUCUUAGUGAAAACUAUACAAAUGUGACAUAUACACGAUUAGAACAAUGGUUUAAAAGUAUUUAUGAGCCAUACACAAAUGUAACACAUAUCUUUCGUACAAAAGAUGAUAAACAAGCAUCGCGAGAAUUUAUGAUGAAUUAUACAAAAUAUGAUGAAGAAGUUCAAUUAGAUACAAUUUUAUUUCUACUCGAAGAUGAUUAUAUAUUUGAAGUAGAUAUGCUAUCUGAUACAAUUGAAUUUUUUUCUAGUCACAAUCCUUGCUUUAUUCAACAAACAGAUAAUUCGGAUCGUUGUAGAUUGGAUAUAAAUGAAAAUGAUGGUUUUAUUACUAUUGUGAAUGGAAGAACUCGUUUAUGGCGUUCCAUAUCUACAACUACUGUUACUUAUGCAUGUCGUUUAAAAACAUUUCUGGCUUUCGAAGAUAUUAUGAUGCAUUAUGACAAUGACUUUGAAUCACGUCGAAAAAUACGUGAACGAGUUGGUAAUGUGGCUAUAUUCUGUGCUGUUCCAUCUUAUGGUAUUCGUUUAGAAGCUCUUCUUUUGCCGAAUGAAAUCAAUUCAACGGUCGAUAUUGACAAUGCAGCAUAUUACAAGGAUUGGUGGUCAUUUGCUCGUCAUGCAGUUUCCGAAGCGCAGAAACAAGAUACUUUUCCAGCCCCAAAAGUAAACGAACAAAAUCUAUUCACUAAAUGA